UGAUUAAUGUCCUAAUAUCAGAGCAGUGAUCCAUACGAAUUGUAUAAUAUGAAUCAUUAAUAAUUUAGUUUGCACUAUUGUAAUGAUCAAGAUCAACAGAUUCAUGAUUAAAACAAAUUGUUUAUUGAAAAUCUUGUGAUUUAUGAUGUAAAAUAUUAGGUAAGAUAAAAAAAUCAUUCAAUAUAGAUUCAUCAUCAUAAGACAGUCCUACAAAUAUUCAAUGACCAGAAUCAAUUAGUCAAGACUUUAUGGGGUAAUAUGUCCUAAUUCCAUCGUAGGUUUCUAAGAUGUCUAAUUUCCCACUCAAUCAAAUCUGGAUUAAAUAAUCAAGGACUCAAUCGAAAGCAAAUUAAUUGUAAGAUAAUAAUAUCUAAAUAAGUAAACUGUAUAUAGUCAGACCUAUCCAGGAGGUUAAUUAUUUAAGAUUGGAUAUUAAAAGGAAAUUGAUGCUUGGUUAAUCUAUUGCAACAAUCUCACAAUUGUGGCCUAGGCAUCCAAUGAUUUGUCUGAAUUUCAAUUCUAGAGAUUUGAUUCAGCAGUCGAAGUGGCUGAGUUAUGGUUUAAUAUUUUGAACGAAUGUAAACCAAUAUCCAUAUUCUAGUCAGUCAAGAAAAAAUUAACAAUUUGAAAUUUGAUCUACACAAUCGAACAGUGUAUGGCCACAUCAUUAAUCAGGAGUCUCUGAUCUAUCAUCCUGAUAACAUUCUAUAAUUUAUUGGCAUUGUCGAUGUGAAUUUUGAAUAAGCUCAAUAAUUGUUUUGCUUCUAUGGAUUUCCACAUCCGAAGACAUCCUAAUUCAAAUUGCAAUUAAAAUUACUCUAAAAACAUAUAGAGAGAAUUCAAAGGAGUGACAUUGAAUUAGAAUCAGCUGGAGUUAUCUUAUACUUUAAUGAUCAAUACUAUGUUGUACACACUGUCGAGUAUUUAAUUUACAAACACAUUUAAUCAAUGUUAUUGAACGAAUAACAUAUUGAGAGAGAUUUCAAAUAAUUUGUAAAAUCAUUGUAAGUUAAACCACCUAGACCCUUUAAGUUUUAUUAGAACAUAUACGAACAAGGAAUUUUAAUAUUGGAAUCUAACAAAAAAAUAGAAAAUACUAUUAAAUUUAACUUUAAUGACUUCAUCACAAUCAUCCUAAACAACAUUUUUAAUAACUAGACUUUUAAAUGGAAUUAAUUAAGAUCUAUAAAAGAAUAUAGAGUCUAAUGGUCCUCCUAUCAACCUAGCUCUUUAACAAGAAUACCAGUAUACACAGGCGAAGAUCUCUAAAAGAACCCUGAAAAUGUAUUUUUGAUCAUCCCUGUGGGUGUAAACGGAGUUGGAGUAUCAACAUUUGCCAGAACUUUCCAAUCAUUCUAUGAUCAAACUUAAAUUGUUAGUGACCUUCAAGAUGCUAAAAUCAGAGACAAUUAUGUUAUUAUACUAGAACAUAAUCACACUCCUGAAGAAGCAAAAUCUAUUCUAUCUAAAUGUAGUUAAUUUUAUAACAAAAUCAUCUUAUAUCCACAUACAAAAAAGUCAUAUAAUGAAUUGAGAUUGCCAUUUUCAUAUGAAUUGCUUAUUACUGCCAUGAAAAGGACUUGUACUACAAUUGAAAAGGUUCAAUACUUUGUAAAGAAGGCCAAGAGUUUUGAAGACUUUAAGGUUAGUUAACUACAAGUAAAUGGAAUUAUUGAAUUUCCAUUUGUUAAUGAAGAACUAAAGAUUGAUCACUAAUAUAUUGAGGAUGAUUUAUUGAAUGUAUUUUCGAAUGAGUCAAAAAAGAACUUGAAUUAACUUUUCAAGAGUCUCAAAGAGCUUCAUCUCUAAAAUAUAAGUGAUGAAACUUAUGACGAUGAAAUCAAGAAUAUUAUUCAUUAGUUAUUCCCCAAAGUCGCAAAAAUUACCAAACAUUAACCGAUAAAGGUAGAUGAUGUUGUGAGAAAAGAGAGUGAAGAUGUUGUAAUUCAUGAGAAGAAAACAAAAUUGCCCAAAAAAGAAAAGCAUGUGCAAUAUGAUCCAACCUAUUUACCAAAUUCACUUAGUUUCUAACUCAAAGGAGGUUAUAAUAUGAAAGAUAGAAUAAAUAAGUGGAUUAUAGAUUGUUUAGUAAAUUAAUUUAAUUAUCUUCUAGAAUGCAGGCAAUUCCCAUUUUAAAAAUGACGAAACUUACCAUAAAAUUGUUAACAUAUUUUAAAAGUAAACUUUUGAAAAUGGCGAAUAAUAUUUCAUCCCUGAAAAAGAACUGAAACUAGAGUUACUAACCAUCAACUAAAAUGAUUAAAGUGUUCGAUAAUUACCCUAUUUCAAAGACUUCGUGUAAGACAAAGAAGCUGAAAUAAUUAUUAAGACUUUAUUUGUAAGUUUUGAUGGUUUGAUUGCUGGACUUGCUCAUUAAUCAGCAUUGCCAUGUCAAAGUCCAUAUCCUCAUAUUCCAUUCUAUUUCAAAAAUCUGAAAGCAAGAGACAGUUUAUCUGUCAUUUCAUAAACCAUAUUAUAAAACCAAAUUUUGAAAUAGGCAUACAAAGAUGGCUAACUCUCUAAAUUCACAAAUUAACCAAUUUUUGCUUCUGAAGAUAUUAAAUACAGAAAUAAGAAUUACAGAGUUUAUGUCAUUUCAUUGUAAGAUGGCAUUAAGGUUAGUGCGAUCUCUACAGAUAGAUUAUGAUACGAG